UAAGUGUAUGUUCCAAGGGGAAGAGUCAGAGUAAUAAUCCAGUCAUAAUCCAAUAAUGGUUUGUAAUAUAGUCCUCUGUCUGUGUUGUUUUGUCUUAGCCAUGGAUGGUGUGUUAGAGGGAGCAGCUGUGGUGUGUGUGUGUAAACUGGCCUGCAGUCUUCUCUUCCUGCCCAUGGUCACUGCUUCUCUCAGUGCGGUCAGCUUCUGCUGCAGCUGCCUGCUGCUCUUCACAGACCUCGCAGUCACAACCUUCCUGGUUGUCCUCUGGUUUGCGGAGCCCUGGCUACCUCCAUUUUCCACGUCCACUGAUGUCAUCGCUCUGCGCUUCCUGCUCUUCCUCAGCUACAUCUACUGGGCGGUGCUGCUGAUGACCACACCUCUGGUUGUUGUGGAGACCGCCGUGAGGUUGCAGUGGCCCCAGGUCUGUGGUGGUGGAGCAGUGGACGGAGAUGUGGACGAACAGAGUAAAAAUCCUGCACCUCACGGCGGUGUGACAGUGGAGGUAGAGAACUGGCAGAGCAGGGACACAGACACGCAGAGAGGAGGGAGAGAGGACCAGGACCAGGGAAGGUGUCUGUCCCACAUACUUGGCUUCCUCUGCUGUCUGCUGGUGUGGGCUCUCUGUGGCGUCUGUGGGGGUCAGGGCUGGAAACUAGAGGAGCUGUGGGUGGAGGUCUGCCUGGAGAGGACCAGCUCCCUCACUCUGUGCCUCCCCAGCCUCCGCAACACUGUCCUGCUUGCUCUGGAUGAGCCCAGCUUGGGCCUGGCCACUGUGGCCUUGGCUCUACUGCUGGUGCUGACGGUGGGCUGGGGCCUGCUCAGACGACACCUGGCACACACAGAGACGGACCAACACACACCCACAACCACACCGACACAAAAGGAGGAACAUGACUCUGACAUUCAACUGCCUGUUCAAACACUCUCUGCACCAUGCAAGGCUGUGAACCCUGCGAUGUCAGCGGCGUCAUCCCCACGGUUUGUUGACCCAGAGACAACAUGGUCCAGAUGCUCCGUUCACAGCCCAUGUUCUGGGAACAACAUGCAGCUGUCACUGGGUCACCAUGGAAACUCUGUCCUCUUAUCCCUAGAGUUUUUGUCAGCAGACAGACUAGAGGGACACAAAGAGACAAAAGGACUAGGAGACAUACCUCUCACUGGUAUUGUGGAGGAACACACAGACUCUACCUACAGGAGCCAGCGUGGGCUGGGGCAGUGGGGCUUUUCCUGCCCGGGGGUGAAUAUAAUGACAUGGUUAGUGUGUCUGCUCACUGUCUGUGUGUUACCUCUAAACCUCAGUGUGAACAUCCUACUUAUCAGGCACAUAGAGACAAUGCUGGAGUGGAGUUUGAAGCUCUUAAUGUAGUUGAUAUAGUAAGUUCAAUCAGUAAGGCGGUCUGAAUAUCAUAUUGUUUCCUCUCUAUGGGCAUUGUUGGUAGCUUAAGGCCAGUCAUCAAACUAUUUUCUCCCAGCAGGAGGGUCUCCAUGCCAGUUUCCUCCAACAGGGCUGGCAACCUGCCAUCAUAUCUCCGAAGAUCAUUCCUCAGAGACGAGACUAUCCCCAAAACUAUUUUAAUACGUUUUCAUAUUCCACUGUCUCUGUUGUUCAUUCAGUUAGCCUGUCCUCGAUUGAACUGGCCGCACCCAAAGAAGCCAAACAGAGGGGUCUCCCAGUCAAUGUAACACCAGCAUAAAGUCAGUGUACUGGACAAUAAACCUGGAUGGUGGUAAUGUUAGAUACUGAGGUGUGGCUUGGGAAUGGCAAAAGGGGGUGCAACUCAAUAUUAUAAACAAUGACUGAAUAUACACUGAGUAUA